UUUUCUAUAAAGAGAAGAUCUGCAACUCUAAGAUUAGUCCACCAGCAAAAUGAAAGAAUUCCGAUUUCCUUAUGUUUUAGUGUCUAUUAUUCUCCUUUCCCUCUGGCAGGUCAGAGCGGUGCUGGAAACAACUGGGCCAAGGGCCACUACACAGAGGGCGCCGAGCUGGUCGACUCGGUCCUGGACGUGGUGAGGAAGGAAUCAGAAAGCUGUGACUGUCUGCAGGGCUUCCAGCUGACCCACUCGCUGGGGGGCGGCACGGGGUCCGGCAUGGGCACCCUGCUCAUCAGCAAGAUCCGGGAGGAGUACCCGGACCGCAUCAUGAACACCUUCAGCGUCAUGCCCUCGCCCAAGGUGUCAGACACGGUGGUCGAGCCCUACAACGCCACCCUCUCUGUCCACCAGCUGGUGGAAAACACAGAUGAAACCUACUCCAUCGACAACGAGGCGCUGUACGACAUCUGCUUCCGCACCCUGAAACUGACCACCCCCACGUACGGAGACCUCAACCACCUGGUGUCGGCCACCAUGAGCGGCGUGACCACCUGCCUGCGCUUCCCGGGCCAGCUGAACGCCGACCUGCGCAAGCUGGCCGUGAACAUGGUGCCCUUCCCGCGCCUGCACUUCUUC